UGUAUAAAGGAAACGUUAUUCUCGUACGAAAAGUAUACUUAUAUAGAGGUGUGUUAUUUCGAGACGUUGGCUUGUUUGUCAACACUCGUCGAGACAGUUUGACAUUUUUGUUAGCAGACGCAUAUGUAGGCAAGCGGUUUGAAUUUCAACCGCAGUGGGUCUCUGCCGGUCGUCCAUAAAACGUUACUUUGAAAACCAAAAUAAUAUCUCGUGUGGCAAAGGCCUUCAGUCAUGCAAGACAGAAUGGAGUGGCUUUUGGAUAUUAGUCAGUGUGUCGUUCGUGAUUUGGAUAAGUACGGCAUUUGCGUUGUUGACAAUUUCAUGGGCAAGGAGCGGGCCGAGACGAUACAUCGCUCGGUCGUUUCCAUGUACGAGACGGGCAUUUUUGUCGAAGGCGAAACGGUGGGCCUCAAGUCGAGUAAAAUAGGCACGGCUAAGAAUGUACGGAGCGAUAAAAUUACUUGGGUCGAUGGAUCGGAAAACAAUUGCACCACUAUUGCUCACCUCAUUGCGACAGUCGACACGAUUAUUAUGAAUUUCAUUCGGAUAAACAGAUUGACACAAACGGGUCAUCAAACGCCGAUCGGCGGUAGGACCAAGGCGAUGGUGUCCUGUUAUCCGGGCAAUGGUUCACACUACGUCAAACACGUGGACAAUCCAAACCGAGAUGGCCGAUGUAUCACAGCCACGUAUUACGUAAACAAGGACUGGGAUGCAAAGGAAACUGGUGGAUUGUUGCGAAUGUUUCCGCAAGCGUGGCCAACCAAAGUGGUGGACAUCGAACCCAUUCUCGAUCGGAUGGUUUUCUUUUGGUCAGAUCGUCGGAAUCCUCACGAAGUUCAACCGUCCUUCCGCACUCGUUAUGCAAUUACCAUUUGGUAUUUCGAUGCUAAAGAGAGGGAAGAGGCGAAAGAACGCAAUAAUGUCAAAACAAAUGUGGCCGUUGAUAGUCAUUGAUUUUUUAUUUUCAUCACAAGUCUUUUGUCCUCAAAGUCAUUUCUCUGUGUGCCAUUUUCCUAAGCCGCAGUCGACGUUCGCAUCCUUUUUUCCCAUUAUCUAUUAAAAAUCG